AUGGCUGAUAAAGGACCAAGUCCUCUGGGUGCUGAGGAAGGUGGAGAGGCACAAAAACGAGCAGAAAUGGCAGAUCAGGGAGAAGAGACACACCCUAAACAGGUGCAGGUGGGGCAACAGUCAGUAGGGGAGGGGGGCCAGGGGUCAGCCGAGGGAGGUGCAACUUUUCAGGGACCAGCUUUUGCGUCUGCUGCAGCAAAUCCACAAGUCGUCCUGCCUCCAGGACAAGGUUAUGUUGGUCAACAGCAGGCAGCACUGCUCCCACACCAAGGCCAGCAGAGUUUUGGGGUUUCGACAGGCGGAUAUCCUUAUCAAGGCUUGCCCAUGGCUCCCCUACAAGUGGGGCAGGUGUACCACAAUUUCCCACCUGCAAGCCAAGCAGCUGCAAACAUCGGGCAGCCGCCGGCCCUGCAGAUGUCCGUAGGUGCGUUUGGUGGUGCCACCAUCAGGAUCCAGAGUCCGGCCCUUGCAGCUGGAGGCCUUGUAGCUGGAGCAUCUGCUGCAGCAGCGUUUGCAGCCAGCAAGGUUGCAGAUUCAGCUGCAGGUGUGGUGGGGGCAGGACUGGCUGCAGGGGUGGCUACAGGAGUGACGACGCUGGCAUCUUUCUACCUGAGCAACAGGCAACAGACAGACGAGGCCAUCCGCAGGGCGGUGGAGAGAGAAAGACACAUCCAAGUAGAGAACGUUGAGGAAGGGUCGCUCCUUGUGCAUGUCAAGUUUCUUACACUGGCUGGCUACUGGGUCCUCCGAAGCUUCAACACAAAGAUCCAGCAGGGGACGGACCGCACCUGCCUGCAGCUGCUGCUGGAGGACGAGCUGUGGAGGAUCGGCUGGACCGGACCGAUCCACGUGGGGCUGGAGGGGUGGUGGUUUGCUGAUGAGGAGGGACAGGAAGAGGAAGAGGCAGCUGCGACAGAGCAGGAAGAGAUAUGGGAGUGGGCAGGGAUGAUGGAGAAACAGUCUGUACCACCCAGUGUGACUACAGAGGACUCAGGCCUGCCUGAAGACGCGUCCUCUGUAGCAGCCAUGUCCAUCACUUCAGCUGGAAAGGAGGAGAAGGGGCCACUUAAGCGGCGGAGAGCCAGGCUACAGAAGCACAAGGACUCACCAACAGCACAACGUCUCAUCAAGGCCUACAGGUCCUGGGAGGAAGGAGCAGAAAUCCUGACCAGCAGUGGGUACACAGACCUGGGGGGAGUCAAGGCCUUGGUGCAGGGAUUCAUGCUGCAUGACACGGUAACACCAGAUGACACAAAUACAAUACUGCAUGAACAGUCAUUCCUGAACCUGAACAAAGCCCAGCUGAAGCAGCUGAUGACCUCCCAGCUACAGGUUGACCCUACUGACAGCACCUGUCUGCUGCUGACAGCCCUACAGCUGCCAGAUGGAGACAGCCGGGUGCAGACCCUGCAGCAGGUGGUUGCUGCCAUCCUACAGCACGGACCAGAAGACUGGCUGUACCAACACCUGCACCACAUCUACUGCUACCUGGGUAUGGCCAUAUGGGAGGCAAGCCCUAAGCCAACAAUGUUGUUCGAGGGGAGUAACCUGCCUACUCUAGCCAAAGCCCUAUCUGCCAUGGCGAGUUCCCUUAUGUACAAACAGGACCAUUUGGAGACUGUGUACUUCACAGCCGUACUGUCUAAGAAAGUGUCAGAGACAGAAGCAAUCAGACAGUUUGAACACUUCCUCAGUCUGGCACCAGAGUGUGAUUACUUUGUGCCUUAUGCUCACUACUACCUGGUCACCCUGUACAACCAGCAGCAGGACAGACAGAAGGUGAUUCACCACUUCACCAGGGGGCAGCAGACAGAGGCCAACAUGCUACCUUUGUUUCCCGAAGUCCCUGGAUUCAUCAAAGACACUGCUAAAAAGGCAUAUGAACAAGUCAUGGCAAAAAAACAAGCAAACAAGUAA